AUGCUUCUGGGUCUGUGCGGUCGGAGGACACUGGGCAGAGUUCAUGGCUUGAUGACAACGUCAUACUUCAGUGUUAGACCGAGGAGGAAGAUGUCAUACAGCAUGGAGCAGCGCCUGGUGUGGGUGGACCUGGAGAUGACUGGAUUGGAUAUUACCAAGGACCAAAUAAUUGAGAUGGCUUGUAUAAUAACAGACUCUGAGCUCAACGUCCUUGCUGAGGGUCCUAACUUGAUCAUAAAGCAAUCUGAUGAGAUACUGGAUGGCAUGUCAGAAUGGUGCAAAGAACAUCAUGGAAAGUCUGGCCUUACUCAAGCAGUACGGGAUAGUAAGAUAUCCUUACCACAUGCAGAAUACGAGUUUCUCUCAUUUAUCAGACUGCACACACCUCCUGGUGUCUGCCCUCUAGCUGGGAAUUCUGUGCACGUGGAUAAAGUGUUUCUGAACAAAUAUAUGCCUCAGUUUAUGAGACAUUUGCAUUACAGGAUCGUCGAUGUGAGCACUGUAAAGGAACUAUGCAGACGCUGGUAUCCUGUGGAGUAUGAAGAUGCCUUUAAGAAAGCAUCUUCACAUAGGUAG